AUGGCAGUCGAGUUCGAUGCUUUCGAGGUACCUGGUGCCAGGGACUACUAUGGUCACGCCCUGCCUUACGGCUUGCAGGCGAGGCAGAAUGAUGGAAACUGUAGUGCUCCAACAGUCGCCGAGUCUGCGGCAGCGCUCCGCGCCCUAGCGGAGUCGGGAAAGCUUCAAGAUCUUCUGGACCAACAUGGAGCUGUACUGAUUCGUGGGGUCGGCCAUCCCUCUGCGGAGACGUUUUCUCAACUUGUAGGUGCAGCCGAGCAGGCGCGAGGCUCACGCCCUCAUGUGCAAAUUGGUUUGGCUGGGAAAAGAACACCGCUUGCCGACAAUGUCUGGACCGCGAACGAAGGCUCUCCUAGCACUCGAUUCUACCAACACAACGAGUAUUCUAGGUACACCAGGUUUCCUUCGAAUAUCCACUUUUACUGUGUGAAAAAGGCAAAGAAAGGCGGCGCAACUCCUAUCGCGAAUAGCGCGUAUGUAUUCGAGAAGGUCCAAGCCCGGAUUCCCGCGCUGGUGGAAGAGAUUCGCAAGCGGGGCUUGGGUAUGAAGAUGGUAUUCCGUGCUCCAGGGGAUGAGGCCAAGGUGAACCAGUUCAACUGGGCUGGCAAGCACAGUUUCGGACAAGAGCUCUUGCCAGGCGAUGACGAGGCGACGAAGAGACAGAAGGUCGAGAAGCAAGUUAGAAAACUGACAUCAGACUUCAAGUGGAACGACGAUGGGAGCCUUGAGUUGACGCAGCACAUCCCUGGAAUUCGGAGACUACCGACUAGUGGUAGACCUGUGUGGUUCAAUGGACUUGUUGGUCGACAUGGCAUCACUCGAGACAUUGGUGCCCUAGAUCCUCCACAUAUCGGCCGUGACGGCAUGACGUAUCUUCCAUGUGUCUAUGGAGACGAUGAGCCGAUUCCGCGCGAGCUACUCAACAAGCUUAUUGAAGUGAUUGAUGAGGAGGAAAUCAGUCUGGUUUUGGAAGAAGGUGACCUAUUGCUUGUGGACAACUUCCAAGUUUCUCAUGGACGAGAACCGUGGGAGGGAGACAGACAGAUAUUGGUUUCCAUGUGGGACGCUACGACGCCAAUCGGUGUGUUUUGA